GGUAUCCCUGCCCGUCGGCUGCCUCUCGCGCCUGCACCCUGAACGAGAGGAUAGAAAGAGCGGGAGGGUUGCACAGCACAGUGUGGCCUUGAAACAAGAGGUUGUUUGUGUUUGGCAGCAGGCAGGCGGUAGGGUAAGAGAGAGAUCCAGUUCUCCUGUGUUCAACCCACAAGUGGGAGGAAGUGAGGUGAGGGGAGAGAGGAGCGAGGAGUGAGGAGGUGCCGACCUGUUCUAUGCCGUGCCUUGCCUUGCCGUGGGGUGCCGUGUUAGGAGUGUAGGUGGGCCGGUUUCUUGCGCGCUACCAGUGGGGAGGCAUCUAUCUCUCUGCAGGACCCAAAAAUCCAGCAGAGACAUCGAUGCCCAUCAUCUGGCAUCAACGGGCGGUGAAGCAGCUGGUUGUUUAUCUUGUUUGGGGUAAUUAGUCUACAGUCCACUCCUUCGGGUCCAUUUUUCAAUCAGUCAAUCAAUCUCAGCUAAGGAAGGGGUUGUUAGCCUGCCCUCCCAAGGCCCGGCUUUCCCUUCCUUUCUGAGGCUCUCCCUCUCACGGCCGAUCGACGUCGGCCUGCUUGUCGUUAUUGUCAUGCUCGCUCGUGUUGGGUGUCCAUUCCAUUUCCUGGGCGUUCCCCACCCCCCACGUGCUGCACUCUGCAAAGCCGCCUUGUGCCUAGUCAUCUAGCUAAUCAACGACUACCCAACUUGUUGGUUCGUUCGUUCGUUCGUUUGCUAGGUGCGCGUUUCGCGUGGACUCGUCCUCCUGUCCCCCCUUUUUCGAGUGGGGCGAGUCAGACAGAGCACAAGAGAAGCGAAGAGAGUGCGGAGUCGUUGUUGCGCGAAGGUUGAGGCUUGCCAUUGUUGAGGUGGGGAAGGAGGUAAUCAAGGUGGGAAGGUAAUCAAGGAAGGAUCGCGAAGUCGAGGGGACGAGGAGCGAGUACGGAGUAGAGAGGAGGAGGAGGAGGAGGAGGAGGAGGAGGAAGAGGAGGAAGAGGUAGAGGGAUCGACGCUCGGAGGGGAGAGAAGAAGGAGAAAGAAGACGGCGCCACGAUUACGGAGCUGGAGCCGUUUGUGUCAUUCGACUUUCAGUUGGCGGCGGGAAUGGACACAAAAGUAAACGGGACAAUGAUGACGAAAUCCCACGACGCUGUCAAGCUCUUCGUGGGCCAGAUACCCAAGAUGCUGACCGAAGAACAGCUGAGGCCAAUCUUCGGCGAGGCGGGUAAUGUGUACGAGAUCAACAUCAUCAAGGACAAGACUUCGAAAAUGUCCAGAGGUUGUUGUUUUUUGACCUACAUGAGCCGGGUUGAAGCGGACAAGGCCAUUCAGCUGUUCCAUAAUAAGCGUACCAUUCCACCGAUGGUCAAUCCGAUGCAAGUGAAGUAUGCCGAUGGAGAGCUCGAGAGAUUAGAACACAAGCUGUUCAUCGGAAUGCUUCCUCGACAUGUUACGGAAAGUGAUAUCCGCAACUUGUUUUCAAGAUUUGGUGAAAUCAAAGAUCUGUCAAUGUUGAAGGCAAGCAACCAAGUCAGCAAAGGUUGUGCCUUUCUGAAAUAUGAAAUGAGGGAGUCAGCACAAGCGGCUAUUAAUGCAUUGAAUGGAAUUCACAAAAUGGAGGGAGGAAAUUCAGCACUCGUUGUGAAAUGGGCAGAUACCGAAAAGGAGAAGCUUGCAAGGAAGGCACAGAAAUUGGCUGCAUCUGCUGCUCAGGCAGGACAGCCAGGAGUAUUUGCAACUGUACCGUUAGGGUAUGGAAUUUCAAAUAAUCCAGGUUACACCUAUCCAUACAGCCAAGUCCAGACUGGUUUAAUCGGUGGACUCGGCACUGUGCAAGUUCCUGCGGUCCAACAACAACCAGCACUUGCAACUGGGCUGAUGGGUUCUAGUCCAACCACCGUUGGGGCUGUUGGUGCUGUACAGCCAGUAGGGCCUGUUGGAGGGAUGCAAACUGUAGGGGGGGUUCCUGCGGCACCUGGGACAACUGCUGCGGCGCCCAUGGGUCCGGCUGGCCUUGGUCCCAUGGGAGCGAACUAUGCUCAGUAUGCCACGGCUGCACAACUGGCGACUCCCUACCCUGGGAGUUUGUUGGGCCAGGCAGCGAUGACGUCGGCGAUGAUGCCAACGGCAAAUUCUACGGUUGUCCCAUCCUUGGCUGUUGCAAUUGCCAAUAGCAUCAAGCCACAAAUGGAAGGCCCUCCUGGUGCAAACCUUUUCAUUUACCAUAUACCUCCAGAAUUCGGUGACCAUGACCUUAAUACUGCCUUUUCCACUUUCGGAAACGUCAUCAGUGCAAAGGUUUUCGUUGACAAGAACACUGGAUUGAGCAAAUGCUUUGGGUUUGUGAGUUAUGAUUCACCAGACGCUGCACAAGCUGCAAUUGCAACGAUGAACGGUUUCCAGAUCGGAGGAAGAAGGCUAAAAGUGCAGCUGAAGAGAGACAAAAAUCAGAACAAGCCCUACUGAGGUGGGGGUGAAGGUGGAGUAGGACAGCUAGGCGUGGCGUGGUCGC